UGUUGGAUAAUUCCAGAACAAGCGUCGCAGUUUUUUACGCUGUUGCAGUCCAAAGACAAGUAGUUGUGCCGGAGCUCUAGCUUUGCCCUGGACACGCAGUCUGGACGUCUCUGAAGACACCCGCAGAUAUCUUAGCUAUCCUUCGCUGUUCGACAGCUCGGAGCGUCAGUUUUGACAUUAACCGCUAGAUUUAGUUAGCCGACUUGUGAAAAAUGUUGAGUGUCACCAGAAGCGUUUCAAGGACUCUCCCGACAAUGAACUGUAACGUUACAAGAAAUGUGUCCUCUUUGGUUAAGAAGGCAUGCUGGAGUGGCUUCCAACCAGGCACUCUCAGAGCUCUGUCCAGGAGAGAAUAUGCGUCAGAAGCUGUCAAGGGCGCAGUCAUUGGCAUUGACCUGGGAACCACCAACUCAUGUGUGGCAGUCAUGGAGGGGAAACAGGCCAAGGUGUUGGAGAAUGCUGAGGGAGCCAGAACGACUCCGUCAGUCAUCGCCUUCACAGCAGAGGGGGAGCGUCUGGUGGGCAUGCCCGCUAAACGCCAGGCUGUCACCAACCCCCAGAACACACUGUACGCCACCAAGAGACUGAUUGGACGUCGCUUUGACGACCCAGAAGUCCAGAAAGACCUGAAGAACGUCCCCUACAAGAUUGUACGUGCAUCCAACGGUGAUGCUUGGGUGGAGGCUCAUGGGAAAAUGUAUUCCCCCAGCCAGGCUGGAGCCUUCGUCCUGAUGAAGAUGAAGGAGACUGCAGAGAAUUACCUGGGAACCAAAGUGAAGAACGCUGUGGUCACCGUACCAGCCUACUUCAAUGACUCUCAGAGACAGGCUACCAAAGAUGCCGGUCAGAUCGCCGGUCUGAACGUGCUGCGUGUGAUCAACGAGCCAACAGCCGCCGCUCUGGCCUACGGCCUGGACAAAACCCAAGAUAAAAUUAUUGCUGUGUAUGACCUGGGUGGAGGUACGUUUGAUAUCUCCGUCCUGGAGAUCCAGAAGGGGGUUUUUGAGGUGAAGUCCACCAACGGCGACACCUUCCUGGGAGGAGAGGACUUCGACCAGCACCUCCUCAAACACAUCGUCAAGGAGUUCAAGAGAGAGUCUGGUGUGGAUCUGAUGAAAGACAACAUGGCUCUUCAGAGGGUCCGAGAGGCUGCUGAAAAGGCCAAGUGUGAGCUGUCUUCUUCGCUGCAGACUGAUAUCAACCUUCCCUACCUGACCAUGGAUGCAUCUGGUCCCAAACAUCUCAACAUGAAACUGACCCGCUCUCAGUUUGAAGGCAUCGUGGCCGACCUGAUCCGCCGCACCGUGGCUCCCUGUCAGAAGGCCAUGCAAGAUGCCGAGGUGUCCAAGGGUGACAUAGGAGAGGUGCUGCUGGUCGGAGGCAUGUCCCGUAUGCCCAAGGUUCAGCAAACGGUUCAGGACCUGUUCGGCCGCGCUCCCAGCAAGUCUGUCAACCCCGAUGAGGCCGUAGCCAUAGGAGCAGCCAUCCAGGGUGGCGUUUUAGCUGGCGAUGUUACCGAUGUGCUGCUGUUGGAUGUGACACCACUGUCUCUGGGUAUCGAGACCCUGGGUGGAGUCUUCACCAAACUCAUCAACAGGAACACCACAAUUCCCACAAAGAAGAGCCAGGUGUUCUCCACAGCAGCUGAUGGACAGACUCAGGUAGAGAUCAAGGUGUGUCAGGGGGAGAGAGAGAUGGCAGCAGACAACAAGGUGCUGGGUCAGUUCACUCUGGUGGGAAUCCCCCCCGCCCCCCGCGGUGUUCCUCAGAUUGAGGUCACCUUCGACAUCGACGCCAACGGCAUCGUCCACGUCUCUGCCAAGGACAAGGGCACAGGCCGGGAACAGCAGAUUGUGAUCCAGUCAUCAGGAGGUCUCAGUAAAGACGACAUCGAGAACAUGGUCAAGAAUGCUGAGAAGUACGCAGAGGAGGACAGGAGGAGGAAGGACCGCGUGGAGGCCGUCAACAUGGCCGAGGGCAUCGUCCAUGACACAGAAUCCAAGAUGGAGGAGUUCAAGGACCAGCUUCCUGCUGAUGAGUGCACCAAGCUGAAGGAGGAGAUCUCAAAGGUCAGGAAUCUUCUGGCCAACAAAGACUCCGAAACAGGAGAGAACAUCAAACAGGCGGCCACCACCCUGCAGCAGGCGUCGCUCAAACUCUUUGAAAUGGCAUACAAGAAGAUGGCGGCAGAGCGGGACAGCAGCGGCAGCUCAGGCUCAUCAGAAGGAGAUAAGAAAGAAGGCCAGCAGUAGACCUUAGCACUUGGGUGGCACGGGGUUUCCAUGACAACAGAGGACCGUCGGGCUCAGGGGGUGGACCGGGUGGGGAGUGGCAGUCUUGAGUGACGAGCUGAAUCUUAGUCAUUCUCACCAUUACAUAUUAUUCUACUGUGUUUUGACAGUACAAUACUCUAGUGAACAGAUCGAUGUCCGUGUGCGCUCCUCCAUGUCCUGUGAUAUCCUGUCUGUUUGUAAUUUAAUUGUCUCCAACAAUGUCAUGUACUUUAUUUUUACCAAGCUGUUAAUUUACAUCCUGAGGUAGUAAAAUGUCUCUUUGUUUGUCUAAGACAUCAGGCGGGUUUCGUGUUGUUUGGCUCCAUCCUCUGAAGCAGUUCAGCUUGUUUAUGGCUCUGAUCAGUUUUUGUUGUUUGUGCCAGUUGAACUGAGUAAAAAGCUUGUACACUGUUCAGGCUUUGGUACAGAGGACAGCCCUACUCCAUUUACAUAUUAUACAGUGCUCUACUUCAGCUAUAGCUAUCUUGUUUUAAUGGUGCACUCAAAACAACUUGGAGGUGGGAGGUUACUGUACAGAUAUAUUUAAGGAUACAGACUUUUUAUGUCAGAAACUUGCCACUCGGUUGUCCUGAAUGCACUCUAAAGCCUUGUAAACUAAUGCAGAACAGCAGUGAGGAGGUGAUUUUUUUUUUUUCUUUAAAUCAAAUGUAUUCUUUAUCUGCAGCACUCUACAGGAAUUAUAUUUGGUCCUGUGUCCUCUUGACUUUUAAACAGGCUUGUUUAAGGGACAUAAGGCUUGGGUAACUUCUCGUACUGCCUUAUGGCAGGAAGGACAGAAUAUAAGGUCAAACGUUAGUUCAUUUGUCUCAUCUUGAUUUAAAAUAAUGGAAGGCUUUGAUCUGUCUUAGUUCUUUGCAUCCUCCUUUUGUAGCGUGCAUCUUAAACAGAGCUGCGUUCUGACUCUGAAACACAUGUCUGAAGGUUUUACUAACUGCAGCUAAGCUAGAUAUAAGUCAGGUGAAUCUGGAUGUUGAAAUUGCACAAUGGAGGAUGAGGCCUUAGUUUACUUUUCAUUUCAGAAAGACCACAGGGGGAUGAGUUGGGAUGCAACAAAACAGUACACGACGGUGGAAGUCCGUAUGAGCCCAGCCAUGUCAUUCCCCUCCAGAAGGAAGUUUUGUUGCUGCCACACAGUCCUCUGUGGAAUGUUAAAAUAACUUGCUGUCUUUUCUAAUAAAAAUUUGAAAUGUGA